AAAAAAAAAAAAAAAAAAGGAGUAAAGGGAGGUGUGGAAGCACCAGAAGAGAGAGAAAAAAUAAAGAAAAGGGAAGGUGUUCCUAAAGUGUGCCGAGCCUGGGAGCGAGCAGGGAUGGUGCACGCCGGCUGGCUUUGCCUGCUGCAGGGCUCUCUCCUCCUGCUGGCCAGAGCGCGGCAGAGCCGCGACCCCGCCGGCGGCUGCCCGCUCCACGGAAAGCAAAGUGAGCUGAACUCCUUCCUGUGGACCAUCAAGAGAGAGCCCCCAUCUUACUUUUUUGGCACCAUCCAUGUCCCAUACGCGCGUGUCUGGGAUUUCAUUCCAGAGAACUCCAAGAAGGCCUUUCAGCAGAGCCACAUCGUGUACUUUGAGCUGGACCUCACUGAUCCCUAUACCAUCUCAGCUCUCACCAGCUGCCAGCUCCUGCCACAGGGGGAGAACCUCCAGGACGUGCUGCCCCAUGACAUCUACCGCCGACUCAAGCAACACCUGGAGUAUGUCAAGCUCAUGAUGCCAUCCUGGAUGACCCCAGACCAGCGGGGCAAAGGGCUGUAUGCAGACUACCUCUUCAAUGCCAUUGCUGGCAACUGGGAGAGGAAGAGGCCAGUGUGGGUGAUGCUGAUGGUGAAUUCUCUGACGGAAGUAGACAUCAAGUCGCGAGGAGUGCCUGUUCUGGAUCUAUACCUGGCCCAGGAAGCAGAACGGCUGAAGAAGCAAACAGGUGCUGUGGAGAAAGUGGAAGAGCAGUGCCACCCACUCAAUGGGCUGAACUUCUCCCAGGUGGUCUUUGCUUUGAAUCAGACUCUCUUGCAGCAGGAAAGCCUCCGAGCAGGCAGUUUCCAGAUCCCCUAUACAACAGAAGAUCUUAUCAAGCAUUACAACUGUGGAGACCUCAGUUCCAUCAUCUUCAACCAUGACACUUCUCAAGCAGGCCCUUUGCAGAUGAAGGACAAGGACAUGUUGCUGUCUCCCUGGCACGUCUGCUUUCCUGCACCUCCUGUCACAGGAGUCUGUACCACCUCACCCCUGUCUUGCUUCAUGCAAGCAGUGAAGGUCCCAAAUUUCAUUAAUGCUACACUUCCAGCUCAUGAACGCGUUACUGCCCAAGAGAUAGACAGCUACUUCCGCCAGGAGCUUAUCUACAAGCGAAAUGAGAGAAUGGGCAGGAGGGUGAAGGACCUGCUGGAGGAGUACCCAGACAAGAUUUUCUUCUUUGCAUUUGGAGCUGGUCACUUCCUGGGCAACAACACAGUGAUUGAUGUUUUGAGGAGAGAAGGGUACGAGGUAGAACACACUCCAGCUGGACAAGCCAUCAACAACAGAAAACCCCUCAAAACCUUGUUAGCCUUUUCAUCGUCAUCACCAGCACAUAGACCCUUUGUUGUGUCCCAGGAGCUCCCACUGCCAUUGUACCCCCCGAAGGAGGAGGAGGAAGAGAUCCCGCCUCACCUGCUGCUCCCUGACAGCAUUGACUUGCUGGAGGAGGUAGACAGGAAGUACAAAAAGAAGAAGAAGAAGCAGCAGAAGCAAAGACUGCGACAGUUUAACGAUCUCUGGGUUCGUCUUGAAGAAAGGCAUUUUUCAAGAGUCAUUUUUAUUUCCCACUUCUGGACCUAUGGACAACUGCUUCCUAGUCAGCAUCAGAGGAAUCCACAUAAACGCUGUCAAAGAGCUAUUGCUUAUGAUGUGGUAGAUAUGCUUCCCUGAGAUGUGCCAUCUUAAUAGGUCCCAUGAUCUGCUCCUCCCUGUUAAUAGAGUUUGAGAAGGGCAUGGAGGCCUGCUGGGACAGCUGUCCUCUUUAAGCUGUUGAAGGAGAAGAAGAAGUAAUGCUCGCUAGAGCUCAGCUCAGGUGUGUUCCCCUGGUGAGCACAUUUGGCUAGAAGGCAGUGGCAGAGCAUUAGAAUAAAUCAUGUAAUUACAUAACUGGGGAAUUGGUGAGAGAUUUUCACUUAUGUUAACAAUCUCUUGUACCUGGGGGCUUAUACUUUCAGUACCAGCCUUUUUUUGAAUUAAUUCUGGUUUUGUAUUUUUUUUUUUCUGUAAAUGUUUUAUGUAUACCUAUUAGAAAAUUUUUUUUUUUUGGUAUUUUAAAUAAGCCAUGAUAUUAACACAUUCCCAGUCUAAAGUUUACUUGUCCAUCUAAAUUCAUUGUGUCAGUAGGCAAUUACUGGUAGUUCUUUACAAAUAUGCUACCUCAGUCCCCAGAUUUUUAGUUAUCAUUUUCUUACCUAAAACUUUCAUAUUUUUUUUUUUUUAGAUUUUAUGAACACAUACUAAUAGUUAAAACAUUAUUAAAAGAAAGAGCUCCACUAUCAUCCUUCAAGAUAUCAACCAAUCUAUAAUAUCUUCAAGUAAUGCUGAAGCUUACUUUAGGAGUACAUUACUCCAGAGUGUAUUUUUAAUGUUGUUUUCCUCUUCUUUUCAAAUAUGAGGUAAAGAUCGGUGCUGAAG